AUGGCUUGUCAUCGCCUUAGCCUUAUCUAUACGCUCCCCCGCGUCCGUCGCACUAAAUCUACGCCGGUCGGCAUUGGCAAAGAUGGGGGCAAUAAAGAGGACCUGUCCGCGCAAGGCCCGCGCGAAAUGAGCAUUCCAAGUUACGCACCCCGGGUCUGGAAUUGCCCUGCUGCUGUUGACUGGCUCAUUAUGGAGGACGUCAAGGCCGAGACUGCGAAGCCCGCCCUCGUGAAGACAGAUGAGGAGGUGGCUGAGGGAUUCACGGGUAAGGCUGAGCUAGAUGCAGAGAUCACCGACAACACGAAUGAGGAAUAUAGUUAUGAAUCGGAUCGGUCGCCAUUUCCAGAAGUUAGGGCCGUCGUCCCAGAGACUGAUGACCCCAGCAUGCCCGUCAACACGGUGCGCAUGUGGGUGCUAGGCAUUGUGUUCACCAUCCUGGGCUCCGGUAUCAAUCAAUUCUUCUCCUUGCGCUAUCCCUCGGUGCACAUCGUAGCUCUAGUCGCUGAGUUGCUCGCCUAUCCACUUGGUGUUUUCCUCGCCAAGACUCUCCCUCUAUCUACAAUUCGCCUCGGACGCCUGGGCUCCUUCACUCUUAAUCCAGACCGCAAAUUCAAUAUCAAGGAGCACGCGCUGAUUGUCAUUAUGAGCAAUGUAUCCUUUGGUUUUGCCACCGCCGACGCUACAAACAUCAUCCAAGCCGCCAGCGCCUCGUUCUACAAUUUUCACCUGAAGCCCGGCUUCUAUGUGAUGAUCGUGCUGUGCGCCCAGCUCCUGGGCUUCGGUGUAGCCGGACUCUCGGCGCCAUGGUUGGUCGAACCAGCGCGCAUUAUCUGGCCGGGUGUGCUCUCUAACUGCGCUAUGCUGGAGACGCUUCACUCUCGAGCAAAUACCAUCGCGAAUGGAUGGCGUAUUACCCGCCUGCGCUUCUUUAUGUACGUCAUGACCGGCGCGUUUGUGUGGUAUUGGUUCCCCGGCUUGAUCUUCACUGCCCUGUCGUAUUUCACCUGGGUUUGUUGGAUCGCACCAAAGAAUGUGGUUGUCAAUCAGCUAUUUGGCAUGCAAACUGGGCUCGGCCUGAGUCCGAUUACCUUCGACUGGAGCCAGAUUGCUUAUAACACUAAUCCGCUAUUGUCGCCAUCCUGGGCGGCGAUCAACGUCUUCCUCGGGUUUGCCUUUUUCUUCUGGAUCAUUACCCCAAUUUUAUACUAUACAAAUACCUGGUUCACAGCGUAUCUGCCUAUGAUGACCAGUGAUGUAUACGAUAACACAGGCGCUGUCUACAAUACGACUCGGGUCGUCGGAGCCGACAACACUCUUGAUAUUGCAGCCUACCACAAAUACUCACCCCCAUAUCUUGGUGCAACCUUUGCAUUCGUGUACGGACUAUCCUUUGCGUCCAUCACCUCCGUUCUCUCUCAUAUCGGCCUUUGGCACGCGCGCGACCUCUGGGCUGCCAUGAAAGGCCGCAACAAACUUGAUAUCCACGCCCGCCUUAUCCGUGCCUCGUACCGCAAGACGCCCUGGUACUGGUAUGCCACCAUCAUUGUGAUCAUCAUGGCAAUGGCCAUUGCAAUGGUGGAAGUUUACGAGACCAAACUUCCUGUCUAUGGCGUUUUCCUGGGCCUCAUUAUACCUGCCGUGUAUAUGGUCCCCUGUGGCAUCAUUCAGGGUAUCACCAAUGUCGACGCGAAUCAACUCAACGUUCUCUCCGAGUUCAUCGGUGGAUAUAUGUUUGAAGGCAAGCCGCUGGCAAACAUGAUUUUUAAAAUCUUGUCGACGGAUGUCGUCGGCCAGGGCGUUUAUUUCGCCAUGGACAUGAAACUCGCGCAUUACCUCAAAGUGCCCCCGCGCACUACCUUCGUCGCGCAGGGUAUAGCGACAAUCCUGGGGGCACUGACGCAGGCAGGUGUUACUCUGUGGAUGUUGGGGAACAUCGAUGGGAUUUGCGAGUCGGACCAGUCAGAUGGGUUUUCUUGUCCCAACGGGCGGACUGUCUACUCCUCUUCUGUGAUUUGGGGUCUUGUGGGGCCGCGCAGACUCUACUCGAUUGGGGAGAUAUACUCUCCGCUGCUGCAUUUCUUCUGGAUUGGAGCCAUUGCGCCGUUUAUAACGUGGGCCAUGUACCGAUAUACCAGAAAGCGCUUCUGGAAGUUGAUCAACUGGCCUCUCAUCUUCGUGGGCACAUACAAUGUUCCUCCUGCAACCGGGAUCAACUAUUCCAGUUGGGCGCUGGUCAAUUUCAUCUUCAACCACAUCUUGAAGCGCCGUUUCUUCACCUGGUGGACCAAGUACAACUACGUCCUCGCUGCUGCGCUAGACACUGGUCUGGCGCUUAGUGGCAUUAUCAUCUUCUUCUGUGUCUCGUAUCCUGGGGCGUCCUUCCCGGACUGGUGGGGGAACACAGUUUACUUGAACACUGCGGAUGGACAGGGUGUGGCAUAUAAGGCUAUGCCAGAUGUAGGGUAUUUUGGGCCUGCUAAUGGAACUUGGACCUGA